GUCAAAGAAAAAUUGCGCACGCAGUGUGGACUGUGGUGUGGGAGUCGUUAGUUUAGUUGCGCCCGCGCACCGGCCCGCGUCGCACGUGUCGUCAGUGCUGUGAUAGUGACAUGGUUGUGUGUGGUGUUCGGAUUCCGUUACUGUGCCAUUGAAAUCGGCGUGUUGCAGACAGCGCAAGUGCGGUGAUGCGCCGGGAGCGCCCGUGUUCGACACAUGCAUGCCGCCCGCGCACCCGGUGUGGUUGUGAUGUCAUGGUGGGCGGCGCUGGCGCUGCUUGCGCUGGGACUGGCAGUCAGCGCCGCACCGCGCGCCGGCUCCGGUGAGCUAUUCUACAGUUAUCAGAUGUCGCGCAAGUCGUGCACGGUGGGCGGCGCGCGCGGCGCGUGCAUGUGGGUGCAGGAGUGCAACCGCGUGGGCGGGCUGCAUGCGGGCGUGUGCGUGGACGGCUUCAUGUUCGGCUCGUGCUGCCGCCUGCCCGACCCGCCCGUUGUACAAGAAACGCCAGCUCCAGUAACUGUCACGGAGCGGCCCUACACAGCACCAAGCACGACUCCAAGCACUACAAGCACGACAACAAGCACGACUCAAGCACCCGUCGAGCCGUCAACAACAACCGCAAGACCGACCAUUCAAACUAUUCAAACCGACGCGCGACCGUCGUUCAUGACCAAGCCCAUAGAUGGCGCUGCAUACAGCUACCGCCCUCCAGAAAUAAACUUACCAGUAGGCAACUUAGAAGCGAAUAGCGAACAAAAUAGUGAUAGUAUAGUUAAUAAAAUAACAUAUAGCAAUGUAAAUAAGUACCAAAAUGUACAUAGGCCGAUCGGUGAUGUGGAAACUAGUCCCCACAACAAAAUUUCGUCUAGUCUUAGCAUAAUGAGCGGGGCGCGACCUAUGGCCGUGUCGGAACAACACGCGGAGAACAGUAUUCCUUCAGUACACAUGAUGUCUCGGCCAAGCAACUUGAACACAAUCCACUGGCAAGCCACAACCGAACCGUCCUUCAUAACUAAACCGAGACCGAACUGGGAGAAGCCGGCGGGAAAACCGAAGCCGACCAAGAAAUUCACCACCACCACCAGCAAACCCCACAAGAACUAUCUGAAACCAAAGGACCCAGCUAUGAAUAUGAUCAAUAAGACUGAUGAUUCAACCCCCGCGUCUGUGCAGACCACAGUAGCUUCUAGUAGUGCUGAAUGCGGCGUGACAUCCAUGUGGCCGCGCCCAGAGACGCGCAUCAUGGGCGGCAAGGACUCCAGCUUCGGGCGCUGGCCGUGGCAGGUGUCGGUGCGGCGCAACUCCUUCUUCGGCUUCUCCUCCACACAUCGAUGUGGAGGAGCCAUCAUCAACGAGGGCUGGAUAGCUACAGCUGGACACUGUGUUGAUGAUCUCCUGACCUCACAAAUAAGGAUACGCGUGGGAGAGUACGACUUCUCAUCAGUAUCUGAACAGUAUCCGUAUGUGGAACGAGGAGUGGCCAGAAAGGCUGUCCAUCCCAAAUACAACUUCUACACUUACGAGUACGAUCUGGCUCUGGUCAAACUGGACUCGGUGGUUCAGUUCGCGCCGCACAUAUCCCCGAUAUGUCUGCCGUCAUCUGAUGAUCUGCUGGUAGGGGAGAACGCCACUGUCACUGGUUGGGGGAGGUUGUCGGAAGGGGGAGUUCUACCUUCAGUUUUACAAGAGGUCCAAGUCCCGAUAGUGUCAAACGAUCGGUGUAAGUCGAUGUUUCUCCGCGCGGGCAGACACGAGUUUAUACCAGAAAUAUUUCUCUGCGCGGGCCACGAGCGGGGCGGACACGACUCUUGUCAGGGAGACUCCGGCGGGCCAUUGCAGGUCAAAGGAAAAGAUCAAAGAUAUUUCCUGGCAGGUAUAAUAAGUUGGGGAAUCGGAUGUGGCGAAGCGAACUUGCCCGGUGUUUGUACAAGAAUAUCUAAGUUUGUGCCUUGGAUAUUGCAAACCGUGAACUCUUAGACCAACACGCCUGUUUGUAUCUAGCAAUGAACUAAGUGACGGUGACAUACAGGCAAAGAUAAGUGAACCGGAGAAAUAGAAGAAAGUGAAACAAAGUGAUUUAAAUCAACUUAUAUGUGACAAGAUUCAUCAUAUCAAACCUAUUGAUUUGCGGAGGUAGGUAUAAAAUUUUACAAUGUUCUCUCAGGAAAUUGUUGGGCAUCUAAAUGAACACUGUUUUUCGACAAAUUGUGUCGUCGAGUUGUUGACAUGAUGUCCCAAAAAUAAAUCUUUAUACAACAAAUUGACGAACUUUGUCCUCGGGUUUGAUAUGUUGAAAUACUUUGUAUAGUAAUAUUUUGUUACUUCUAAUGCUAACCAUAUUGCGGUCUGCAGACCUUCAGUUUUAGUUGUACAGUUUUAUCUAAUCGAAAUUUCAAUCAUUAGAAAAAAACUGUACAGUCAAAACUGAUCAGUUCAGUUAAAUCAGUACAGUUAAAUGUGUAGGUCUGUGACCCGCUGAUGAUAAAGAAUAUGGAUCUUAU